AUGCCAGUGGUCAAACACUGUGGAAUACGAUACUCGCCACCAACACUGGUCAUUUUUUAUAUAUCAGACGAGACAGGUAGCACACAUCGGCGGUCUAUGCCCAUACGUGGAAUAAAUUCAAGCUCUAACUCAGAAGAUUUACUCGAUCAGUUAAUGCAAAGAUCGAAGAAUUCGUACUAUCUAAGCAAGAUAUCAAAAUCACAACUAAAAAGACUGAUAGGUAAAUUAAUAAAUCACCUGACAUUGGCUGAAGAACCGGAGACUGAAAUAAAUUCAAAUGACAAUGCCAUUAAGGAGGAUAACCCAUUUAAACGCGCUAGCACUACUGUUGAUGAAAAAGUACUAAAUGAAGACUUCAAUAAAGUAGAUGAAGUCGAACUAGAUCGCAUUAAAAAGAAAAUGGACGUGUCCUUUGAAGCUAAUAGAAUUAAACCUGGAGAUGAUACUUUCCAGUACGAUUUAGACGUUGAAUUUGAAAGAGUCGAUGUUGAUGCGUGUAGCUGGGAUUCAAACGACGAAUCAGAUCCAGAUUUUUAG